AUGUCAAGAGAAAAAUUUCUUGAAAUAAUGAAAAACUCAGGACACCAAAAAUUACAAUACCAAAUACAAACCCUGCAAAAAGAAAUUGAAAAACGGACAGGAUAUGGUACCGACUCUCAAAAACUUCAGAUUUCGAGAAUGAUAAGUCGUUUUCAAUCUGAAUACAAAACAAGAUGGGAAAAAGCCCACAGAAUGGAAGAAAGAUUUAUUAAGGAUAAUACAAAUUGGUUGAAGUCAAAAGUUUGUUUACCUUCUGUUACACAACAACUUGGAGGUAGACCAAAAAUAUCAUUUGAGGAAAGCACAGAAAGGAUGAAACGACCAAAAACUAAAGACUUGAGAAAAUCUACCUCUUUACCACAGUUAGUUUUUGCCACACAAAUGAAACUGAGAGUUUCAGGACAGACAGACACCUCUAAAUUAGUUGGAGAAAUUGUAUCUGAUCCAUCAAGUGCUCAAAAGUAUAUAAAUUCCUAUAAGCAGUCAAUUGAAACCAAAUCUAUGUCAGGAGAUGACGCUGUUGCACUCAUAGUAGAUGCGCAAUUAUCACGACAUCAAUAUAACAUUAUACGAUCAAAAGCUCCAAAAAUAUAUCCAUCUUAUAAAAUCGUACAGGAAGCAAAAAAACAAUGUUAUCCUCAGCCUAAUAAAAUUUAUAUUACAGAAACAUCGGUGCAUGUCGAUUUGCAAACCAUUCUUGACCUUACUAUAGAUCGUUUGAUUAUCACUCUCAAGGAUGUAAUCCACACUCUUAGUUCUAAUGAAUUAAAAAAAUUGUGUUUAAUUUCUAAAUGGGGUUUUGAUGGCAGUAGUGGUCACAGCUCUUAUAAACAAGCUUUUUAUGGUAUUGAAGCUGAUGAUUCAGCGGUUUUUAUCACAUGUAUCGUACCACUUCGCUUGCAAUCAGGUUCAAAAGUUGUUUGGCAAAAUCCUAGACCCGGUUCAACGAGGUAUUGUAGACCUUUAAAAAUUGCAUUUAUGAAGGAAAAUACCAGAGUUUCCAUUGACGAAAAAAAAAGGAUGGAUGAGCAAAUAUUAAAUUUAGAAAAGAGUAGUAUACUUUUAGAUGAAAAUACUCUCGUUAUAAAGCAUAACCUUACAUUUACAAUGAUAGAUGGCAAAGUCUGCAACGCAGUUACAGGCUCUACUAGUACCCAAAAAUGCUACAUUUGUAAUGCAACUUGCAAAGAUUUCAAUUUGAUUGAUGAAAUGAUUAUAAGACCAAUUAAGAUGGAAAAUUUGGAAUUUGGUAUUUCAAUCUUACAUGGAUGGAUUCGCUUUUUUGAGUGUCUGCUUCAUUUAGCGUACAAGCUACCAUUUAAGAAAUGGCAAGCUCGUGGUUCGGACAAAGAGAUUGUCGCAGAAACUAAAAAAAAAAUUCAAAUAGAAUUUAAAACAAAACUAGGUUUAAUUGUUGAUAAACCAAAACCUGGCUUCGGCAAUACCAACGAUGGAAAUACCGCCAGGCGUUUUUUCAAAAAUGCAGAGGUAUCGGCAGAAAUUACAAAUCUAGAUUUAGAUUUGAUCAAAAAAAUGCAUACCAUACUGAUAGUUGUAUCAUGUGGACAUGAUAUUGAUAUUGAAAAAUUCCGAAAAUAUGCGCUAGAAACAGCUUAUUAUUUUGUGGAAAAGUACCCAUGGUACAACAUGCCACCCACGUUGCAUAAAUAUUUAAUACAUGGACCCGAAAUAAUAUCUCAUGCAUUAUUGCCUAUAGGGCAAUUGACAGAAGAGGCCCAAGAGGCAAGAAACAAAGAUUUUAAAAAGUUUAGAGAACACCAUUCUCGGAAAUGCAGUAGAACAAAAUCAAAUACUGACAUUUUUAAUUUUUUUUUGUUGUCAUCAGAUCCCGUAAUAAAUAGUAAAAGAAAGCUUCCACAAAAAAAAUUGUCUUCACUUCCCAAAGAAGCUGUAGACUUAUUAUUACCACCAUCAAACCACGAUAUUAACAAUGACCACGAAUAUGACAGUGAAGACGAUGAUGAUCUUGAUGAUGACCAUGACGAUGAUAGUGAUGACAAUGUUGAUGAAGACUAUGAAAAUGUAGAUGAUACAGAAGAUAAUGAUGAUUGA